AUGGGAGUUUGUUUCAACAAACCAAAAGGCAUGACUUUUGCACUAACAAGUGAAGUUAAAGAAAAUCUUAGUGACGGCGCAAAAACUACUAGAAAGCAAAACGUUCGCUUAUCAGUUGUCGCUUCAUCUAAUCCUCAGAUCAGCGAUGAAGAUCUCCCUGAGCCAGCAAGAACUGAUGCAAUAGAGAACAUCAAGACCCCAGCCGAAAUCCAGUGCCAUAAAGUGGAGUCAAGAAUUAAAAUAGAAGGCGCUCCACCUAAUGGCCACCAGCAAGGCUUCGAAGAUAAAAAACACACUGUUGAAGGAAUAAAUGUAAUUUCAGAGCUCAAUUCCUUAAUUCUCCUUAUUUAUAAAAAUAAUUUAUUAUUUUAUAAUAAAUUUCAUAAAAAUAAAUAAAAAAAAUGUAUUGGAAAAUUAGGAAUUGGCUUUGCCUGCAAAAAAGGCUUAAAGCCUGAUCAAUUCAACCAAGACGAUUUUUCAAUUAUAAUCGAUCCUGACUUUAAAUUUUUCGGUGUUUUUGAUGGGCAUGGAACAAAUGGUCACCACAUCUCAAAAUAUGUUCAUUCUCUGCUCCCAGAUUUAAUAUACUAAUUGACCAAGAAUAGCCCACUAUGGAGCCAUUCUUAGUCUGCCAGAAAAAAUUUUGACAAAAAGAUCCUAAUCUGCCAUUACUACUGAGUUUUGGUGUUUCCAAAUUUUUUGGGCAAGCCAAAUGCAAUAAAAAAAAUUGUUCUUUUGCGAUGAUGCAUUUGGCUUGUCAAAAAAAUUUGGAAACACCAAAAACUCAGUGGUAAUGGCAGAUUAGGAUCUUUUCUGCCAUUACCACUGAGUUUUGAUGUUGCCAAAUUUUUUUGACAAGCCAAAUGCAUCAUCGCAAAAGAACAAUUUUUUUUAUUGCAUUUGGCUUGCCCAAAAAAUUUGGAAACACCAAAACUCAGUGGUAAUGGCAGAUUAGGAUCUUUUGUCAAAAUUUUUUCUGGCAGACCAAGAAUGGCUCCUUAGUGGGCUAUUCUUGGUCAAUUAGUAUAACUACUCAUGAGUCUUUUCCUGAGAAUCUGCAAGAAGCCAUCAAUGAUGGAUUUGUAAAAACCCAUCAAGCCUUAUAUUCUCAAUGCUCAAAGCCAGAAACUGAAUAUGAUUGCAGAUUUUCAGGAACAACGGCAACUACAGCUAUUAUAAAAAAUAAUCAGUUAAUGAUUGGGCACGUUGGAGACUCCAGAGCAAUUUUAGGCAUCAAAAAAGGCAAUUGCUGUGAAGCUAGAAGAAUUACUACAGAUCAUAAAGCAAAUUUACCUAGUGAAAUGGAUAGAAUUAUAGCUAGUAAUGGAGAAGUCAGAAAACUCCCUGAUGAUUAUCCUCAUAGAAUAUUUGUAAAAGGAAAAGAAUAUCCAGGGUUAUCUACAAGUAGAACUAUAGGGGAUGCUGUAGCACAAACGAUAGGCGUUAUACCUAUUCCAGAAAUUCAUGAGUUAGAAAUUGCUGAGGAUUUCGAACUUUUAGUUAUGUGUAGUGACGGGGUAUGGGAAUUUAUGAGUGACCAAGAAGCAAUAGAUAUUGUGAAAAAAUACGAAAAAAAUAUACAACAAGCUGCAAAUAAACUGGCAAGUUUUGCUUGGACUAAAUGAAUUGACCAUGAAGAAGAGGUAGUUGAUGAUAUAACUGUGAUUGUUGUCCGUUUGUAA